AUGACCGAGUUGAAUGCUUCCACCAAUUCCGAUUACGACCUGUCUUCUAGCAUCGACGAUGGUCAAGGCCUUCGACAGGGCCUGACAUCUUACGGAGAUGCGCAUUUUUCUCUUUUUCUCCGAAAGGUCUUCAUCAAAGCUGCUGGCUAUAGCGACGAUGCCUUAUCCCGUCCGGUGAUUGGCAUCAUCAACACGCAUUCCGGCUUCAACCCAUGUCAUGCUCAGGUCCCACAACUCAUAGAGGCUGUGAAGAGAGGCGUCAUGCUAAGCGGAGGACUUCCCAUUGACUUCCCAACUAUCAGCUUACAUGAGUCUUUCUCCACUCCCACGAGUAUGUUCCUCAGAAACCUUAUGAGCAUGGAUACCGAAGAAAUGAUCAGAGCACAGCCUUUGGAUGCUUGCGUUAUGAUUGGCGGCUGUGAUAAAACAGUCCCGGCACAAUUGAUGGGUGGUAUCUCUUCCAAUAAGCCAGUACUCCCUUUGGUCGCGGGCCCGAUGAUGCCCGGCUCAAACAAAGGCGUGCGUAUCGGAGCAUGCACAGAUUGUCGAAGCAACUGGGCAGCUUUUCGGGCUGGUGCCGUUGAUAUCGAGGAUAUCUCGUCCGUCAAUGAAGAGUUGGCUCCGACUGCUGGAACUUGCGGCGUGAUGGGGACAGCUAGUACCAUGGCCUGCAUUACGGCUGCUCUGGGUAUGAUGCCUCUACAAGGCGCAUCAGCCCCUGCCGUGUCGGCUGCUCGACUUCGGGUCGCGGAACAAACAGGAAAGAAUGCGGUUGCAGCCUCGCUGAUGAAGGAAAAAAGUCGUCCACAGACUGUGCUAUCUCGGGAAUCAUUUCUGAACGCUAUGAUUGUGCUACAAGCUAUUGGGGGCUCCACCAAUGCGGUAGUGCAUCUGAUGGCAAUUAUCAACCGUCACCCAGACGUGGCUGGAACAAUGACCCUCGAUACUUUCGACCAGAUUGGGCGCACGACACCGCUGCUCGUUGAUUUAAAACCGAGCGGGGCCAACUACAUGACUGAUUUCCACAACGCAGGUGGUAUGGCCGCUCUAUUGACAGCUCUACGUCCGCUCCUGCACCUUGACGCUAAGACAGUCACUGGCAAAACACUGGGAGAAGAGCUCGAUUCGGCAUGUUUCACGCCCUUCCCUUAUACCUACGAGAUCAUACGCCCUUUAGAACAACCUCUGUAUCCUCAUUCAGCCCUUGCAGUCGUAAUGGGAAACCUUGCGCCUAAUGGUGCUAUCCUGAAGGCAGCCGCAUCCAAAGACCGCCGUCUGCUAAUUCACUCCGGACCCGCUGUGGUGUUCGAGAACACUGUAGACAUGGCAAAAAGGAUAGAUGACCCACACUUGGAUGUUACAGAACGCUCGGUCCUCGUUCUCAAAGGGGUGGGGCCAAUCGGUAACCCUGGAAUGCCCGAAGCCGGUGUCAUUCCUAUUCCUCGGAAGCUUGCAGCACAGGGUGUGCAGGACAUGCUUCGUAUCUCUGAUGGUAGGAUGAGUGGAACGGCGGGAGGCACUAUCAUACUGCAUGUCUCACCUGAGUCCGCUGUCGCUGAGUCUGUAUUCGGGGUUGUGGAAGAUGGAGAUAUGAUUGACUUCAACCUAGAGACGAGAAGCCUCAAUCUUCGAGUCUGGGAUGACGAGAUUGCUCGGCGUAUCAACAGCAAGAGUAAGAGUACUGAGUGCCGCAGUGUCGGACGUGCGAGGAAGGUCGCGAGAGGUUAUCGAGGCUUGUAUGAGCGUUGUGUCAAUCAAGCAGAGUUGGGCUGUGAUUUCGACUUUCUGACUGCUGAGGGACCAAAAAACGUGUGA